AUGUUGUCGGAAAGUCAAAAUGCUGUGUCUAUUCAUUCCUGGCUAGCUCACUGGAUCCGUGCUGGCGCUACAAAACCACAGGAGGUAGUAACUGACAUGUCACUUGCCCUGAUAUAUGCCUGCGUUCUUGCCUUUACAGGUUUUAAAACCUUAAAUGAUUAUCUAUCUCAUUGUUUCCGAGCCAUAUUCAAUAAUAGUCCAUUUAACGAACAGUGCUAUCUACGAAUAGACGUUGCCCACUUUGUGAAAUUGGCCACCUCCUGGCCAAGCCUUCAUAAGCAACACAAGUUAACUAGACAAUUUUACCUCAGAUCCAUUGGACAACUUAUUCAAUGUUCUAACGUCAAAGAUAUGGAAAACCUCCUCAAAGCAAUUUUUACAGUCUCAUUUAGCGAUACCGAAGGGCAAAAUAAAUUUGGCGAGGAAACUCUGUGUGAAGUGCGAAAGGAAUGGCUGAAGAGAAGAUGCGGCACUGGAACCAUUGAAGUAAUCGAAAACUACCUCAAUAUGAAAGAUGAAAUUUCAGAAAAGGUGCCAAUAGUAUUAAGUGAAACUACUGAAGAGAAUUCGUUUGAGCAAUGGGCCAGAAGAAUUUCGGACGAAUGCAAAGAGGUUGUCAAUUCAGAUGAACAAAUUGGUGACAGAGGAAAUCAACAGUGCCUGCCCCGAUUUGCAGAAGAUUUUCUUAAAUAUUGCCGGACUUUGCCCUUAUGGUCAGGCCUUCAAACUAUUUUUUUUUUCAAUUCUCCUAAAAUUGGAAGCAGCGCUUCUGUUGAAAGUAAUUUCAACAACACGAAGCAUCGUGUUUUCGGUAAUAAAGAUCUGCCGAUAAGGGUACAUGAAUUCUUGAAGACACUCAUCCUUUCUAACUAUGGGCAAUCAAAAUUGGUAAUGAGAAGAAUAGACAAUGAACAAACACAUUCAACCAAUAAAAAGUGCGACCCAGAAUGUAAUUUUAAUUCAAAUGCCAAGAGAAACGCCGAAGAGCUUCUUGCAUUAGGUACAACAGAUCAUUUUGAGGAAGCGGACUACUCCAGCUUAAGAAAUGUUGUUCCUGUUCCUUUGCUGAAAAAUGGCCACUUAAUCGAUUUACACCCCAUAAAGAUUUUAAAGGACGUAUCAGUGACUCUGUCUAACACGUGUGCUUUUGAUUCAUUACUUCAAGUAAUGGUUUGCUGCUUCUGUGAUAGUUUUACUUUCAAGGAUCUAGUACAAAAUAUGGUAGCCCAUAGUAAAAUUGCCGAAUUGAUAGUGAAUAGUGAAUAG